CACCGCGCCCGCCGGUCAGUCGGCUCGGACCUGCGCAAGCGCAAGUCGCGAACGAAACGCGACGCGAUAUCUCACAAACCAAACGAUUACAUACAACAAACAACUAAAAUCCCUCCAAAACAACACACAGUGAACCAAAACAGUGAAAUAUAAGUGCUAGAGAAGCAACGACAGUGAUGCAAAAGUAGCGCCUCCAAAAUGUGCAUGUAAAGUGGUGUACGAUUGAUAUUUUUUGUUUGUCCGCCUGUGUAAUAACCGUGGUCCGAAGCAAGAAAUGGUUUUAUAAUUGGUCUAAAUCAAAGGCAGCGAUGGUUCGUUUAAGAAGAAGAUAAAAGAAUCAAAAUGUCGCAGAGAGACUUCUCAGAGGUGGAGCCAACAGGCUCGGCGUCUCUCGGGGCGGCGUCGCGGGCUCUCUUCGUGGAGAAGGUGCGCGCCUCCAACGCCGCCUGCCAGGCCGGGGACUUCGCCACCGCCGUCGCUCUGUACACCGAUGCGCUCACCUUGGACCCCGCCAACCAUAUACUGUACAGCAACCGGUCGGCUGCAAGGUUGAAACAAGGGCAGUUCGCGGCGGCGCUGCAAGACGCGACACGGGCGAGGGAGCUGUGCCCUAACUGGCCAAAGGCGUACUACAGACAAGGUGUAGCGCUACAAUGUCUCGGGCGGCACGGCGAGGCGCUAGCCGCGUUCAGCUCAGGGCUAGGAGUGGAGCCUUCAUCCCGGCAACUGCUGGCUGCCUUAGUGGAGGCCUCGCUGAAGUCUCCAUUACGGACCACGCUGGAGCCCACCUUCAGGCAGCUGGAGGCUAUGAAGCUGGACCAGUCGCCGUUCGUGUUGAUUUCGGUGGUGGGCCAAGAGUUGCUAGCAGCCGGCCAGUACCAAGCCGCUGUCACGGUCCUGGAAGCAGCACUGAGGAUUGGCUCGUGCUCCUUGAAGUUGAGGGGUUCGGUCUUCAGCGCUCUAUCAUCCGCUCACUGGGCGCUCAGCCAGCUGGACGCUGCAAUAAACUACAUGCAGCAAGACUUGGCCGUCGCCAAGUCCCUUGGCGACACGGCGGGCGAGUGCCGCGCGCAUGGCAACCUUGGCGCUGCGUACUUCAGCCAAGGGUCCUACAAGGAUGCCUUGACCGCCCACAGAUACCAACUCGUGUUGGCCAUGAAGUGCAAAGACACUCAAGCAGCUGCCGCAGCCCUAACAUCAUUAGGGCACGUGUACACAGCCAUCGGCGACUAUCCUAACGCACUCGCCAGCCACAAGCAAUGCGUGCAACUGGUUAAGCAGAUGGGUGACCGGCUGCAAGAGGCCAGGGAGAUCGGGAACGUUGGCGCAGUGUACCUGGCUAUGGGAGAGUUUGACUCGGCCGUCGACUGUCACACGCAGCAUUUGAGGCUAGCCAGAAGACUUGGUGAUCAGGUCGAGGAAGCCAGAGCGUACUCCAACUUAGGUUCUUCAUACCAUUAUAGACGAAACUUCUCUCAAGCUAUUGCAUACCACGAAAACGUGCUAAGGAUAGCUCAAAACCUUGGCGAUAGAGCUAUAGAAGCCCGAGCAUAUGCCGGCCUGGGACAUGCAGCCAGAUGCGCAGGCGAUUAUGCUCAAGCAAAGAAAUGGCAUGAGCGACAACUAGAUGUUGCGUUAGCAGCCCGAGAUAAGGUGGGCGAAGGCCGGGCUUGUUCCAAUUUAGGAAUUGUGUACCAAUUAUUGGGGGAACAUGAUGCUGCACUGAAACUACAUCAAGCACAUCUUUCAAUAGCGAGACAGCUGCAGGAUAAAGCCGGCAUGGGCAGAGCCUACGGCAACAUUGGUAACGCCUACUCUGCAGCGGGGUUUUACGAACAAGCCAUAAAGUACCAUAAGCAAGAGCUGACAAUAUCCAAAGAAGUCCACGAUAGGAGCUCAGAAGCCUCCACACAUGGAAACCUGGCUGUCGCUUACCAGGCGUUGGGGGCUCAUGAUAUGGCGUUGUUUCAUUAUAGAGCUCAUUUAGGGAUUGCACGAGAACUAAAAGAUGCAGCUGGCGAAGCGUGUGCACUCUUGAAUUUAGGCAAUUGUCUCUCAUCCCGAGGGGAAUUCGCACAAGCUGUUCCUUAUUAUGAGCAACAUCUCAUGCUCUCCCAGGAACUAGGUGACGUCACUGCUGAAGCCAAGGCUUGCCACUUUUUAGGCUAUGCGCACUACUGCCUGGGCAACUACAGGGAAGCUGUUAGAUAUUAUGACCAAGAUUUAUCACUAGCCAAAGAUCUUCAAGACAAAAUGAACAUGGGCCGAGCGUACUGCAACCUUGGUCUUGCCCACUUAGCACUCGGUAACCUGGACACGGCGUUAGAAUGCCAGAAGUAUUUCCUAGCGAUAGCCCAUAUGACACAACACCUGCAGGGCAAAUUUAGGGCUCUGGGAAAUAUUGGAGAUGUUUUGAUCAAAAUGGGAGAUGUUGAAGAAGCUGUGAAGAUGUACCAGAGGCAACUAGGAUUUGCUAGACAGGCACGAGAUCGUUCCUUAGAAGCUGCUGCCUGUGGUGCCUUAGGUUUAGCGAGACGACUGCAAAGAAGAUUGGAUGCUGCUCUUGGGCAUCAUACACAGGAAUUAACGCUACGCCAAGAAGCAGGUGACGCCGCGGGAGAGGCACGAGCACAUUCCCACCUUGGCGCUGUCCACAUGGCCUUGGGCCACUAUUCACAUGCAGCCCGUUGUUAUCGGGAGCAACUAGAAAGGGCGCAAGAACUUCAAGACUGUGCGUUAGAAGCUCAAGCGUAUGGCAAUUUAGGUAUUGCCAAACUCAAUAUGGGACACUAUGAGGACGCCAUUGGAUAUUUAGAACAGCAACUGGCGAUAUUAGAAAGAGUGAACACCCCAACGUGUCAACUGGACAAAGCACGAGCCUUAGGAUCUCUUGGAGACUGUUACGACGCCCUGGGAGAUCCUGAUGAAGCUGUCAAGUACCAUGAACAGCAUCUAGCUGCCGCAUUGAAGCUUGAUAAUAAGAGAGAGCAGGAAAGAGCGUAUAGAGGACUAGGUCUUAGUCACAAGUCAAUAGGAAAUCUACAGCAAGCACUAGUCUGCCUGGAAAAACGGUUGGUGGUAUCACACGAGCUCGGUGUGCCCGAAGCUAAAGCACAGGCGUACGGUGAACUCGGCGCAUUGCACAUCGCCCUGAACAAUUUGGAACAAGCAGUCUUCUGUUUGGAUCACCAGAAGAACAUUGCUAAGGAACUAAACAACCAAAUCAUGGAAGCAGAAGCGUGCCACUCUCUGGGCGUGGCGCAACACGCGUUGGGAGAGCACGCCGCCGCCGUCAGGCACCACCGAGCUGAGCUGGAACUGGCUCACAGACUAGGACUUACACAUCUACAGGCACGGGCCUGCGGUGGUCUGGGCGCUGCGCACGCGUCGAUGGGCGCGCACGCCGAAGCCGCGCGCUGGCACGAGUCUCGACUGAGACACGCUACUGCUUCUGGUGACACUCGUGGCAGAGCUCAAGCCCUAGCCGAGCUCGGUGGAGCGCACCUAGCGAUGGGAGCCUGUGGCAGCGCUGUGUCUUACCUGCGGCAGGCACUCGCUGCCACGGAGGGGCUGGCAGAUGUGGACCAAGAGGCCAGAGUACGCCACCGUCUCGGCUUCGCGCUAUGGGCGUCAGGGGAACUCGAAGAAGCGAAGGAACAGCUACAAGCAGCCUUGACAGCACUCGACACUGUGGCUGACAAACACCGGGACAGGAAUACAGCAGCACUGUACACGUCUACUCACCACGCACUACAGAGAGUGCUAGUUGAGCUUGGUCGACACCCCGAAGCACUGGUAGUGGCCGAACGAGGUCGUUGCCGCGCGCUAGACGCUGCCACGGAAAAGCCUGCUGGCACUUUGAACCAGACCAAUUUGGAACUGCAUACUUCUCAAAGAAAUGCCACAGAAGAGCAAGGCAAAGAGCGCCCGGAGCCGUGGAGCCCGUCGACAGUGGAGCAAGUGUUCGAGGUGGUGAACAAGCAGAAGGCGCCGGUUCUGUACUAUAGUCUCGCUGCUGGCCGGCUCUAUGCUUGGCUUCUACAGCCACACAAAGGUAUCCUACGCUUCCACCAAGUAUCCCUACUGGAAGAAUCUGAAGAAAGCAACAACAGUCUCCCUGAAAUCAAUCCUGAUGACCUUCAAAAUACUAACAACGUGGGCAAACUGGAGCGCUUCAUCAGCGAAUGGUCGUCUUGGCUGAAGAGCACUGCGGAACGACGCGGCGAAGACGACCAGUGGGAACCAGAUGAGCGGCCUACUGGACUCACCAGAAUGGUUACCCGCAACCAUCUCCUGAAUUCUUCAAACUACUCACUGAGCUCGCUAUUCAGCGUGGGUUCCGUCGGUGGUUCUGUUGCUGGCUCAGUGGCCAGCUUACAAGGAUCUACGAGGUCUAGCGUGCACGGCCCGCGCAAGAAGGCGGCGUCGUGGCAGGGCCCGCCGUGCCUCGCCGGCCUGUACCAGAUGCUGCUGGCGCCCUUCGAGGACCUGCUGCCGGCCUCCUGCAACAACAACCACGCUACCCACGGUCGCCGCGGCUGCGGCGGGCGGCGCGAACUAGUGGUGGUGGUGGAAGGCGUGCUCUACGCUUGCCCGUGGGGCGCGCUGCGACCAGCCGACGGCGAGCCGCUGUGCGAGCGGUACGCGCUGCUGGCCGCGCCCGCGCUGCGCCACCAGCGGGCGCGCCACCGCCAGCGCCCGCACCACGACCACGGUACUAAUCCAGCAGCUGCAGAAGCGGCCGGCAGCAGCGCGCCCGAAGCAGGCAUGCGCUGCCUCGUGGUGGGCGGAGCGCGCGUCGGCGGCUCGCGAUGGGCCAGCGCGCACGCACAGCUAAAGGAAGCCGAGCUGGUCGCUGAUAUGCUGCGAGUCACUCCUCUGACGGACUAUCAGGCAUCAAAAGAAGCUGUCCUCGCUCAGCUAACUCAAGCGGAAUGCAUCCACUUUGCCACUCACAUCUGCUGGAAGACGCCCGCCAUCGUUCUUAGCCCAGGAGAAGUGGUGGACUCUCAAGCCAAGCGGCUUUUGAACACCAGUGUUGGAAGCGGAGUAGCUGAUGUUUCAACCGAAAAUGAAGAAGAAAAUGCUGAAAUGCCCCAAAGUAAUGAAGAGUUGCCACCUGCUUCAGAGUUUAUGCUCACCGCUAAUGAGAUCAUGAACCUGAAAAUUACUGCCCGAUUGGUCGUAAUAUCAUGCGCUCCAUCAAGCGCCGCCCUCCAAGGAUCCACCACCGAAGAGAACGAAGACGUGAACAUGGCAGGCGAGGGCAUAUCCCGCCUCUGCCGGGCGCUGCUCACGGCAGGAGCCCAGGCCAUCCUACUGACCCUAUGGCCUGCUCCUCAGGAUACUGCCACCAAGAUACUGUAUAGGGCACUCUAUUCAGCGUUGCUGCAAGGAAGCAGGGUAGCGAAGGCUCUAGGCGACGCGAUGCAGACGGUGCGGCACACGAAGCACUUCGCGCACCCGGCGCACUGGUCGGGGCUCGUGCUGCUGGGCGGCAAUGUGCGCCUCAGCAACAAGGUGGCGCUCAUGGGGCAGGCGCUGUGCGAGCUGCUGGCCGCGCCCGACAAGUGCCGGGAUGCAUUACGAGUAUGCCUGCACUUGGUAGAAAAAUCACUGCAGAGGAUAGUACGUGGCCAGAAAAACGCUAUGUACACGACGCAGAAGAGCAUAGAAAACAAAGCUGGCAAUGCGACUGGCUGGAGAGAACUCCUCAUGAGCGUUGGAUUUAGAUUCGAACCAGCAGCUAAUGGCAUUCCAUCAAGCGUGUUCUUCCCUCAGAGUGAUCCAGAAGAGAGACUAACCCAGUGCUCCGCUAGUCUUCAGGCUCUACUUGGGUUGACACCAACCACACUUCAAGCCCUGUCGAAGUUGAUUUCGAAUGGAGAUGUAGCCGAUGACAUCAUUGGGGUUAUCCGUUCCGUUAUCUCCCAGUUCUCCGUAAAGAACUCUGAUACAGACACCAUUGAGGUUGCUGUAAACGUCAGGUUAUGGCGCGUAAAUGGAUGCCACGAACUGCUGGCAUCUCUUGGAUUCGAUCUGGCUGAAGUGGGCCAAGAUGAGGUGACACUACGUACUGGGAAAGCAGCCAAUCGACGACACAUACAAUUUGUGCUACAGGCUCUUCUAGCUUUAUUUGACACGCAAGAAGCCCCACGCAGUCUCAGCUUAGAGUCGAGCUCAAGCGUGGAAUCACUGGCAUCUAUCGACGAUGGAGACUUAGAACCACAUUCAGAUGGUGAACCACCACCAAGGCAGCACAGACAAGAAAGCGUCUCAUCAGUUCCUCCUCCGCCACUCCCAUUAGGCUCUUGCGGAGGGGCUUUCACAAUGUACGUGCGAGGAUCGACGUCAUCCACGGAAGUUGGUCGUGGAGAACCUGACGGUAGGACUGCCCCGCCCCCGGCUCCAGCUCCACCAAGGUACAGGGGAGAGAGUGACGCGGCCUUCACACCUUCCCCACCAGCCGCCCCUCAACCUUCCACCGCACCACCUAGAGACGUGUCCUUAGCUCUCGCCCAUCAAACUAAAAUACGGACACUUUACACCCGAAGACCACCAUCUGACGACUCGGAUUGGGAAAGCUCUGGACAUGACACCGUAUUACGCAGGCGACCAGAACACUCCCACGCGAGGUAUUUAGACGCCUUCUACGACUUAGCGUCAGCGCAACCACGGAGGACAGAAGAAGAAAAGACAGACCAAGCGUUAGCCCAACCCUCAACAUCUAAACGCGUUCCUCGACCGAAAAUGGGCACCAGCAGUCGCGACUCCAUGGCCCAAGUACGACACAUGAGUGGCGAACUAACCCCUACCAUAUCAGAGGUAUACCACGAAAGAAAUAUCGGCUUAGGCCUCGCUCCUCCACUGGCUGAACUACUUUUAGCAGAAGAAUCGAAGACAGAAAUGAGAGCGGCCAGCUCAAGUGAGAAUCUUCUUCUGCAAAAUUUGGAGAAACUAGGACUUUUGGGAGAGACCAGUGAAACAGAGGAACGGUGGUGCGGCAACAACGCCUCGAGACCUUGGCUAUCUGCUCCACCUCUAGAGACUGAUGUUCAAGGGUCGGAUUUGACAACUGCAGAAAUAAUUGAACGACAAACAAAGUUCAAGAAAGACGCAGAACCAAAGAGGAAGGAGGAGAAUGCUUACGAAUUGAAGCCGAAGGACGAGACUCCCGGACCUAGUGGCAUAGAGAAGCGAUCUGUGUCUCCUUUUUCUGAACUUUCACGGAGAGACGAGGGUGAUGGAAGGAGCAUAGCGGACUCGCACUCCUCAUACAAAGCAUUAGUGUUGAGCCCUAGAGCCCCAUACCUUCCUGAAGAGGGGGAACCUAGUAUGAGCAAGGCAGCUGAAGGAGGUAAGACACACCCUCGGCCUCGGAGGCCUCCGGUGCCUAGAACUAGACCUUCAUACACUACUUUAGAUUUUCCACCGAACAAAUAAUUUAAAAUGGUCACAAUUAUAU